AUGGUGAACAACAAGGCCUCCGCGCUGUCUCUGGCAGUCAGCGCUCUGUCGCUUGCCGGCAGCGCCGAUGCUUUCUGGCGUCUUCCUUGCCGUGGCCGUACUGGUGUCGGCCGUCUUGACCCCAUCAUGGACCCUGGCAAGGUCUCCGACCACGUCCACGUUAUCCACGGUGGUAGCAGUAUGUUCUUGAUAAUGCUGUCUUGGCUUACCAAUUGCUAA